AUGGCCGACCGCGUCCACUCCAUGCCAUCUCCCUCCUCCUCCCCGCUUCCACCUCCGCCAGGGCGACGGCGACCCGACCACCACCAUCACCAACAAUCCGACGCCGACCCCGACCCCGCGGCAGCGCCGGCCACGGAUGAGACGACGCCGUUGCACCCGUCCUUCUUCCACGACCGCCCGCUCGCGCUCUCGCCGCCGCCAGGCACGUACAUCAUCCAGGUGCCGAAAGACCAGGUCCUCCGCUCGCCGCCCCCGGACCGCGCGCGCCGCUACAAGAAGCUAGCCGGCCGCCCCGCGCGGCGCCGCCGCCUCCGCCGUGCGUGCUGCCUCUCCUGCGCCGCGCUCCUCGCCAUCCUCGCCGCCGCAGCCGCCUUCGCAGGCGCCGUCUUCCUCAUCUUCCGCCCGCGCGCGCCGUCCUUCUCCGUACCCUCCUCGCUCUCCAUCCGCGGCCUCGACGCCACCGCCCUCGCCUCGCCGCCCACCGCCGGCCUCUCCCCCGCGCUCGACGCCGCCGUGCGUGCCGACAACGGCCGCAACGGGAAGGUGGGCGUGGAGUACCGCGCCGGCGGCAACGUCGCGGUGUCCUACGCCGGGCAGCGGCUCGCGGCAGGCCCGUGGCCCGCGUUCCGUCAGGCGCCGCGGAACGUCACGGUGGUCGCGGCGGCCAUGAGGGGCCAGGGCGUGCGCCUCACGGACGCGCAGAGGAGGCAGCUCGCCGCCAACCGGGCCGCCCGCGCCGUGCCGCUCACGGUGGAGGCGAGGGUGCCCGUGCACCUGCGCUUUGGGAAGGUGCUCCGGACGUGGACCAUCGACGUCAAGGUCCGGUGCGAGGUGGCCGUCGACAGGCUGGACGGGAACGCCGCGGUGGUGAACAGGGGGUGCAGGGUCAGGGUCAAGCCGCUCUGGUGGUGGUGGUGA